CAUCACCAGUUUGCCUGCAUACUGUCGGUUGCGCGCUGGAGACGUGAUAUUUUUCCUCAAUCAAACGGUGCCAAUUUUCCGCAGCAUCAUUGCUGUAUUUGCAGGAUUAUAUGCUCGCCGCUGUGAGGGAUUUCAAUACCGAAGAUGCGUUUUAUGAAACACGAUAGAUAACCUGCUAUUACCGCGCGUAUGAUUGAUGUGGAAGCGGCUGUUUGAUGCUGCUGAAUGCGCUUUGCAGACGCAUCGACUUAAAGUUUCAAUGCUGCCGCGUCGGCUCCCAUAACACGCAACGCAUUGGAGAGAAAACCUCGUUCUAAGGAACUGGAAAGGAUAGAUCAAAUGUCUUUUUCGGGACCUUUCGGCCUAUUGCUGAAUUUAUCUCUAGCCAGAUGGCCCCAAGAAAUGCGCAUAACAUUUUCUACAUUUUGGGCUCCGGUAACGGGAAUGGCAGGGCUGGAAACCGAGGCAUCUCGGAAUGGAUAGGCUGGUCCUUGUGUUUUAACGCUGGCAGAAAAUGUAUCGACUUGGAUGGAGUGUGGACCAAGUGGCUGAUAUCUGUUGGAAUUACAUUGCUCCUGGUGCCGUCCAUAUUUGCUAUAGACGAUGAAGGAAGGCUCGAGGCAUCAGGACAAUCUCUCAGUCCUUCCCAGGAUCCGACCGGAGCAACAAACAUCACCGUGUCUUCAGCGCUGCUGGAGCAGGAAGAUUUGGCCUCGCAGUUCCGUUCCCUACCGGACGGCACAAGGGAGCAGCCUGUGUUCGCCUCAGUGCAGACCCUGCAGGUUGCAGAGACGCUGCCUCAGGCGCUGGUGCAUUCUCUGCUCUCCCCACCCGGCAACAGUGACAAUCGCACCAAUCAAAAGUCCCCCGGGGAGCCGGCUGUCCGAAUACAAAAGCCGCUGUCCACGUCACAGAAAAUCAACAGUGUCUUGACUACUAGUUCAGACGAGACUCUCACCGAAUUCCCAAGGAACCCUGAUUUGCCCACCGCCCCAGUGUCCUCUUUCACGACUCUGGCUGAAACAGACGUCACCGUCGCCGACAACGUGACGAGCCCAGUCUCCAUUUCCACCCUCCCGCUUAACAUCACCACUCACGAAAGGAGCGAAAACGCAUCGACCGUCACGUCGACGCGCGGCAACAACCACACUGUGACCGGCGACGACCUCCAGCUCACCACGGUGACCACCACGACCGUCACGCCCUCAAUGGUGACAUCACUGAACUUGACUCCGCCCACUAUAGCGCCAGCGGUGAACGAGGUCGUGACCGUCGUAUCGACCACCACAACUGCCAAAACGACAACGACCCAGACAGAACCGCCAACGACAACAACCACCGAGGCUCCACCCACCUCCACCACCACCACAAAAGUAGCACCAACCACCACGACCACUUUGGCAACCACAACAACAGCAAGCCCUCCUCAAACCACCAUCACAUUAUCUACCUCCAAAAGCACUAUGGUAGAACCAAGCAGUCCAUCAGCGGACAACUUCGUAUUGUCCUGUAAUGUGACCGAAAGAUUAUGGCUGAAAACAGUGCUCUCCAUCCAGAUGCGACGAAACCGGCUCGAAAACGGGAUGAGACAAAACCUGUCGAAAGGUUUUACGCAAGCGCUGCAGAGAGCGUUCAACGACAGCAACAUCCGUGUUCAGUUGGAAAGAGACAUCUGCACCCCUUCUAAUGUGACUUUGGGCUACUAUGUCUUAAGAGGGAAGACCGUGAUUGUAACUUCUGUUGUUAUGGACACCUUAUCGUUGUAUGGCUUUGACAAGCUAUUGGAUAACAUCAGAGAAUAUGUUCCUGUAGUUUUGGCCAUCCCAAAUCCGGUGGCACCUUGGCUGCCCAGCCUUGGCAUCCACUUGCAACUCAAAACAGUUCUCAGGUUUGUCGGGCCGUCGGAUGACAUCAAGUCUUGCGGUUUCAUCCAAAUGAUGGAGCAGCGGUUGGAAAAUGUGUUUGCUGAGGCACAUGAGAAAGUGGAGGACUCUUAUGGGACUCUUUCGGUUGAGAUUUUGAACACGUAUCAGACAGGGAAUUCAUUGGCAGUAACUCUGGUGUAUGUAGUGUGGAAUGGCAGCGUUCCUCUGAACGGUACCAUAGCUAGCGGUCUACUUAACCAGCUGACUGCCGAGCUGGUGGGCUACUUUAUAUUUUUCCCCCCUCUGAUCAUCGCUGAGCCUCUAGAGUACCACAACCUUAACACUUCGGUAGCAACCAGAGAUUACUGGGUAAUCACAGUUAUUCAGGACGUUGACAGCUCUUCUCUUGAGGGGAGUUAUCAGAGCUUUGCUAGUCUAAUGGAGCAGCGGCUGGCCGAACUCUUUAUGGUGGCCAGUCGACACAGCCUCCGCAUAAGGAGAGCCACAACUGUAGGCGACUGCACUGUCCAGAUGGUCAGUAUCCGGCGACUCCCCGGUCCCAAGAAUCCUGCUGAAAUGACCUACUACGUACAAGUAGAUGGUUCUCCUUUAGCGGGCGCCUCCGCUGCUAAGACCCUAAACACGGUGGACUCUCAGACCAUGGCUCUCACGCUGGGCUAUUUCGUCCAGAUUCAGGCUGAACCGGUAGUGAAGAGUUUACCUAGUAACGUCUGGAUACUAGCAGUCCUUUUACCAGUGUCUCUAGUCAUGGUCCUGGUGGUCAUGGCGGUUGCCAUUAUAUGCAGGAGAAACCGAACCGUCUUCAAGACCAGCGCGUUUCGCAAUUUCCAUGCCCGGACCAAGACAUCAUAUCGAAGAGAUGGAAGUUAUCACCACCAGCCUGUGCAAGGUUUCGACUAUGCCAAGCAGCACAUGGGACAAACGGGCGAGGAAGGUCUCACUGUUACCAAGGACACCCUCGUCCUAUCCCUCCCGGUACGGGAUGCACCUUUGACACAGGACAGAGCGUUACAGGAUGGGACCGCUUCAAAAAGACCCCAGUCGACAGAGAUGCACCUCAGCAAGUUGCCAAGCGAGGAAGGAUCUCUUUCGAGCAACGACUCUGGGAAGUUAAACACAGGAAGAAGCUCCACAGCUCGGAGAUCUACAGCACAGAAAGUGGCCAAAGAAGACCAACAUAUUAGAAAUGACCAUUAUGACUCUCUUACCGGAUCUUUACGCCUCAUCACCAUCAAGCCUAUGGCUGCACCCCUCAACUAUUCCUAUCCAGACUCCUCCAAUCACAGCCAGGAAUCUGUCAUCAUGAAUGGAGAGGUUAUGGGGCUAAAGCAGAAGUCAGACAUCGAGCACUAUCGCAAUAAGCUAAGGUUAAAAGCUAAGAGGAAAGGCUACAGCGAUGGUCCGGUCACCAGCAGCAGUGGGAGUAGCAGCAGUCACAUGUACAGUCAUCGAGACCGAAUGAGGCGCGAGAACGCUUCACUUGACCUGGAGGAUGUGCGGGGAGCGAAAGAGGACCGGAAACCCUCCACUUACGUAAAGUACCGCAGGAGUGAUUCCCAUAGGGAACCUGCAUACUGGAGCAGGCAAUCUCUGAACACCCCAAGCCCAGUGGAGACAGAGAUGGACAUGUUAGUCAUGAGGGAGAGAUCCAGACGAGGCAUUCGCAACAGCGGCUACGAUGGUGAGCCUGAACCGUUUGAAGAAACUGAUGUGGACCGGCUUCUGAGUUCUCUCGGUUUUGGAGGUGGCCACCAAGCCAAAGGUCACUCGGACUCAUCUACCUUGAGCUCACAGCCGUCCAUUGAUGAAGUGAGACAGCAGAUGCACCUGCUUUUGGACAACGCCUUUGGCCUGGCUUCGCCUGAGCCAACACCAGACAACCACCACCACCAUCACCACCACCCUCACAGCGCUUACAACCCCAGCCACGGUAGCCCCUAUAUGGAUGGAGUUACCAGCGCGCCCGGCACUAUGAACCACCCGAAUGGACCCAUUCAACGCGGCCCCUCAUUCGGGCCAGAUAUGCACCAGUGUAGCCUCCCCAAACCAGGAUUCAGGUUUACCCAGCUGCCUGAUAUGGGUUUGGGGUCUCCACCACCCCUCAUCCCACCGAGAGGCGGAGCCCCACCUGUGACUUCAUUAAGACGCUCCACACCAGACGUGAGCCUAAAGCCCCGUGUCUCAGAAGCCUCGGAGAUAAGUCAGCACAAUGGCACCCCAUACCUGCCAAUAAACCGAGCUCCUUUUCCGGCUGUUACUGUCGACGAGUCAAUGACAAGCUACUCAGGAAACCCGAUGACAGCGGUAUACGCCAUAUCUGCCAACCGCCCUGGCUAUUCUGAUUACUUCGUCCUUUCUCCACCAUCCUCGUACCGAAGUCCAUCCUGGAUGUCCUACCCUCCCGAGCCAGAGGACCUUCCACGUCAGUGGAAUGACACGGUAAAGAACCAAUGUCACCUGGAGACCAUCUGCUGAAAUGGAUUCAAUUCUGAUAGUGAGCUAACACUGAAUUUUAGGGGUGCAUACCACCAAAACUAAUUGUUGCCUAUCCUGAAAUUAUGCAUUCAGCAUCCUUAACAAAUCCCAGCGGUCGGCCGAACAACCAACCGGACCGAUUAUCCACAAAUCCACCUGCCGGUCGCAGCAAAAUGAUGCAGCACCUGUACCAACACCCCUAGUGAGGGUAAAUCACAGCCUUUGACGCAAACAACAGAACUGUGUUUUCUUAAAGCUUUUUCAAAUAAAAAAAAAGUGUUGUAUCUUAUGCAGGUGGUUUUAUGUGUUUUCAAAACAGAGGUACUAAUAAUUGAAAACUAAAACACGUUUUCUUUCUGUCUUGGGCUAUUCUAGCUUCUUUAAUGCCUAUUUGUGUCUUUUGCUCUCAUUCAUGCAUUUUUAAAGACAAGGUUAUUAUUGCAAGCGAAUCUAUUUGUGCACUAGUCUCUGUAUGGCUUACUAUAUGGAUGAUCGAAUGAUGUAAAAGAAAUGACUUUGGGAGGGAUGUGACAUCCUGUACUGUAUCUACUGUAGUCACGAUGUGUCAAGCGAAAAAAAAAAAUGUAUAUGCUUUUUCUUUUUCUCAAAACGCCAUAGUUUAUGAUGUAUUAAAGCGUUUCACAAUGCAGACCCGUUUUGAGCUAUGAAAGGCACGGAGGUUUGAAAGUUUAGUCUUGGGAACAUAGCCAUAACAAUUUGGAAAACUGGUAACAAAGCCAGAUGCUAGUAUUAUAUUUGGAAAUUAAGAUUUGGCUUUUAAGAGGGAUUCAUAUUUUUAAUAGCCUUUUUAUAAUGACAUAAAGAGUAAUAACUAAAAUGAAUAUGUCUAUUUUAUUGCCUUAUUCAGAAAAGGUACCAAAAUAUACUAUAUAUAUAUAAGAAAUUCAAAUCUAGAUAAAAUGUGUUAAAAUAUACAGCAUACGCCAAAAUUCUCAAAAACUUAGAUUGAGAAUAUAUUACGUAUAGAUACAAAUCUACAGUAAUUUAACCUGUAGCAUAAUAUGAGGUAACCUCUCUAUUAGUUCAAGUUGUAAGAAGUACACAAAUGUAACACACGGCAUGUGUUCUUAAGAGAAUGGUUUCAAUGCAUGUAGUCUGGACAUAUGAGUUAUAAGGGCUUUGUAUGUGAAGCAAGUCCCAUAUUUUUUUGGGCAGUUAUAGAACGAAAGAUUGUAUGAAGAAACAGACAACACAGCAGAAGUAUUUCAUUAAAUAGUUGCUGCCUGUCGAUGUACUUUACAACCAUUUUUUUGUUUGUUUAAAUCCAUUUGCAUAUUACAUGUCUUUGAAUGAUGGAUUAUGAAAAUUGCAAAGGCAUUACAUAAUGUGUUGUGUAAAUUGUUACAAAUGCCAUUACUGUUUCAUUUUUGUUAAUACAAACAUUGUCGAUUUAGUUUGGUGGUGCGGGGAUGUGCAAAUAUCUUAACUAUCAUUGUACCUUUUUAAAGUAUUUUCUUUUAGUAUUUUUAUAUUAAUCGAAUCUCCCUUCGUUUGGUCAACAACUGAGGACAUUCUGCUAAAAUUGUCGCCAAUGUAAAAUAUUGUGCUUCAAAUGUAAAUACAAAAGGAAACAAAAAAUAACAACAACAACUAAAUCUAAGCAAAACACAAAAAAACUUGUUGUGGUUAUGUGAGAAAAUGUAUAAUAUUCAUUAUGUGUACUUCAUCAUAACAUAUAAGAUAUUGACAUUUUUUCCCGCUUAUACGACACUAAACUUCAUAUCUGCCAGAUGUACUGUAUAUUUCCCUCUGUAUGAUAUCUGUUUUAAAUGGUCCACUUGUUUUGUUUUGAUCUUUUCUUGGUUGUUAUUUUCCUUAGCAUAAUGUAAAAUAACCAUCGUUAUAAUGGUUUAACACUUUGAAGAACUCAUUUUUGUGGGUAAAACACUGAAUCAAAUCUAAUAAAAACUAAGAAAUAUUUAAUCAUGAUUAAAAAUGAUUAAAAAUGUGUCUAAAAUAUGG